GUCCAUGGCUGCAACUGACGUGAGUGACGCCAUGGCAAGCGCCAUGCCGGCCAAUGCCAUGCCGGCAAACGGCGUGCCGGCACACGGCAUGCCGGCAAAUGCCAUUGCAAAUUUGGUGCCGGUCAUGCUGCGUGCCCCAUCAGGGCGCACUGCGUUGUACUACGUGCCCAAGGAACAAUCCGGGGAGGCCUCCUCGAUUGUGCCCCAACCUUUGCAACAUGUGCAGCCUCAACUGGGCCAAGCCCAGCCGGAGGCUGCACUGCCAAAAGUGAUGGUCGUGGAGCUGUGUCUACGAGAACUCUAGCGGAUUGUUUUUUCUAAUUGUGUCC